AUGGUCCAGAUGGAUGGAGUAAUGGAUGGUUGGUGAAUGGCCACCAUGUCCCAACAAGGCUGAGACGUCAGCAAGGAGGUGGCAGAGUCAUGUUUUGGGCCAGAAUCAUGGGGAGAGAGCUGGUAGGCCCCUUUAGGGUCCCUGGCGGUGUGAAAAUGACCUCGGCAAAGUAUGUAGAGUUUCUGACUGACCACUUUCUUCCGUGGUACAAAAAGAAGAAAGGUGCCUUCCGUAGCAAAAUCAUCUUUAUGCAUGACAAUGCACCAUCUCAUGUUGCAAAGAAUACCUCUGGGUCAUUGGCUGCUAUGGGCAUAAAGGGAGAGGAACUCAUGGUGUGGCCCCCAUCUUUCCCAGGCUAUUCUGACAUCCUGCAAAGACAUUAAAGCAGAAACUCUCCAAGAACUCACAAGUUCAAAGGAUACAAAAAUUGCAUUGCAAUGAAGGGGCCCUAUAUUAACCUGUAACUUGGCCUGUUAAGAUGUUUGUGAUUGAAAUAACUAGAUUUAAUUUAUGACCUCCUAAUGUUGCAAAUUCAACAAAUGACCAUUUUUAAUUCUUUACAACCUAUGAAACUCUGUUGUGCAUAAUAAUUCGGAACAGUGCAUUUUGAGUUUUUUAUUUAAAAAAAAAACAGCUGUUAUCAUUGGAAGGUUUGUUCAAUAAAAUUUAAAUUAUACUCUAACGGUUGAUGACUUGAAAAUUAUACUGACUGUCAUUUGCAUCAACUAUUUAGGAAAUCUGAGAAAAAUAUAAUUUGCAUAAUAAUUUGGAACACAGUGAACUGAUGAAAGCUUGCCUUUUUGGGCGACACUGAAAUGAAAAAAACAAACUUCUCUUGAGACAUCCUGAAGAACGUGAAAUUUUGCUGGGUUGAUGUUGGUGCAGUUUUUCCAUUUCUGAUUGGACAGCAUUUAUGGUAAUGAGAUUGUUGAUAAGUAUUAAUGUUCUGCAGUAUAUGUGAUCAAGAACACCCAUCAGCCCUGAUGCACAAGACUCGGUAGCUUUGAUAAGAGAAAACACAUUGCUGAAACUGUAUGCUGUGUCUGACUAAAAUUUUAAAUCUAUUAAUUUAGAUUUUUUUUUAUUUUUUUUUUAUUGAAUCGUAGAAAGUAGUAACCCUAAAACAUGAAACCAGAAAUCAACAGGACUGCUUUUGGGACUGACAUACAUCCCUGCUAUGAGAUAGAUCAUUUCUCCCUGUCCAUUAUGUGUUUAUUAUAUAUUUUCCUUGUGUUGUUGUCUGUUGUCACAAUAUGUGGAAACCUUCUUGUUAUAUUCUCCAUCAUUUACUUCAAACAGCUCCACACUCCUACAAACUACCUCAUUCUGUCUCUGGCUGUGGCUGACUUUCUUGUUGGGGUUAUAGUCUUUCCUUUCUACAUGGCAUUCUCUCUCAGCUCAUGUCUGUACCAUGAAAAUGUAUUUUGUAAAGUACGUGAAAUUUUCGACAUAUCACUGAGUACAUGUUCUAUCCUAAACCUAUGUUGUAUUUCUAUUGACAGAUAUUAUGCAGUGUGUCAUCCUCUGACAUACAGAACUAAAAUAAACCACUGUGUUAUUGUGAUCAUGAUCCUGCUGAGCUGGGGGGUUUCUGCUCUAAUUGGAAUUGGUGUCAUAACUGCUGGAUUAAACAAUGAAAAAUGCGAGGAAAGGUGUUUAAUUGAUGUUCUCAUUGAAAACAUCAUGGGGCCAUUUUUCUCAUUUUACCUCCCAGUGAUCAUCAUGCUCUGUAUCUACCUGAAGAUUUUCUUUGUUGCACAGAGACAGGCGCGCAGCAUCCAGAGCACAAAGUCUGGAGCAACUGUCAGUAAGAUGGAGAGAAAGGCCACUAAAACUCUGGCUGUAGUUAUGGGACUUUUUCUUUUAUGUUGGACUCCUUACUUUCUUUGCAUCACCAUUUUGCCUUUUAUUAAUAAUUCAGUACCACUUCCUGUGAUUGAAACAUUUAUCUGGCUUGCACUGUCAAAUUCAAUGCUUAAUCCAUUUAUUUAUGCGUUCUUUUACAGCUGGUUCAGGGCAGCGUUUAGAAUCAUAAUUUCUGGAAAAAUAAUUCAAGGUGAUUUUACUAACUCAAAACUUCCUUGA